GGCAGGACUGACUACGGACAAAACCAUAAGGGAAACCAUGGAAUAAAGAGCAGCAACGCCAGAUCCCAGGCGAAAUGUGUGUCAGGAUUCCAUACAGAAGUCCAUGGAACUAAGAGUAACAAACCCAGAUCCCAGACAGACGGUGUGUCAGCAUUCCAAUGCGCUCCGCAUGCCGGGUCUUCCAGACAGCCGAAACAUGACCUAGUACAGCCGCAAACUUUUCAACAACAAGGGAGGAGAGAGGAUUAACACAGACUGGGCAGGCAUCGGAGACAAGGUAAGUAGUAUUUCUACACAGUCUAGUUAGUCUGUUAAACGUUUUCUAAGCUGAGGAGAAUUGUUUUUUAAGUGUUUAUGCAGUUUACUUAGUAUUAGUAACAAUGCAGUUCGUGUUGCUAUGUAUUUAUAGCCCUGCACUUUAUAACAGGUGAUGUAAUAACAUUAGUUUUCACUAUCUCGCUAGACAGAGAAGAAAUUCUAGUAUAUCUGCUCAGCACUGUGCUGCUGACUUUACACAUAUCUGUAAAACAAAUGAAGCUAUAAAUGUCAGGCACAUGCUUAUACCAAAAUAACUAGCUUAUUUAACGACUUUGGCAUUUUAUUACACCACCAAAACAAUGGAUGAGUGAGGACAACUAUAGAAGUCCCGACCAGGAUUCCUAAUUCAGAGGAUUGGAUUUGGUUUUGUAAACAUCGGUGCCUUUUCCACUGAUUAUUUAUUUUGCACCCUUUCCAUCAUUUUUUCUUGUGUGAUACUUUUUGUAUUCUAUUUUAUACCAUUUUUUUUGGUUGUUGAAUGCAAGACAGAAUAUUAGUAUAUUAUCCAAACAGAAUGUACCAACAAAGAAGGCAGGACGAACAAGGCUAGGUUUACAACAUUUAAAUUAAUAAAUUGGAACAGAUUUUUGAAUCCCCAAAACAGACACUCCUGAGGCAGAGAGUAACUGUCCUUUAGGUAGCUUUUAAGGUGUGAUUUUGGUCAAAUCUUCCAGCUUUAACCCCUUAAGGACACAUGACAUGUCAUGAUUUCCUUUUAUUCCAGAAGUUUGGCCCUUAAGGGGUUAAAGAAGCACUCCAAGUACCAUAAGCACGCUGUAAUGGGUAUGAUGAGAGGAAUACCCUUGCAUCCUAGUUAAAACAUUUGAUGAUGAUUUCAUUUCUUACCUGGGGUCUGCUGGGUUCCUGUAGCUACUUCUGGAAGUUCUCUCACUGUCCUAAGCUUGACAGUAUAGAGAACUUCCGGCAGAGAUAGGAACAAGUGCACAGUGGACCACGGGUAAAAAGUAAAAUGUGUUACCAAAGUCUGCUGUAGUGGUUAUGGUGCUUGGAGUGUUAAAGGAAACCUGCCAUGCCACUUUGUGCUCUGAAGAAAUUAUUUUUUUUCCUUUAGGGAACGCUAUAGUGUAUUUAUUUAACACAAACAUGUAUUCCUGGCACUAUAGUGGUAAAAUAACUAUUUAGGUGUCCGCAUCCCUUCUGUAUAGUAAAUGCUGGUCUUGCCUCACUCCACCUACAUGGCUGUGAUUAUUAUUAUUAUUAUUAUUGGUAUUUAUAUAGAGUCAGCUUAUUACACAACGCUUUACAAUAAAAGGGGAAUUUACUUAAUGAGACAAUAACAAAGUGUAACAGGAACAAUAGGUAGUUUAGGACCUUCUCAAACGAGCUUACAGUCUAGAGGAGGUGGGGUAUAAAAACACAAUAGGAAGGGUAUUGAGAUAGACAGCAAAUAGACAUGGUGGGAAAGUAGCAGAACUGGAGGUGAGAGUGGAGUGUGGCCCUUAAGGAGAGAACAAGAGGAAGGUUUGACAGAUAGAAGUUACUCUUGGAGGCCAUAAGCAUUCCUGAAAAGAUGGGUUUCGAAGGACUUCUUAAAGUAGUGAAGACUAGGGGAGAGUCUGACAAGGGUCCAGAUGUGGACCCCUUGCUCACAGUGCCUAGAGAGAUAUUGGCUGUACCUCACUGAUGAUGCCUAACAAGGUUGAAAUGAUCGUCUGGGUUGCUUUAUCUCUCGUGCAGAGAGAGUUGGCCUGUAUUUCGGAUCUCUUCUACCCUUUUGGAUGUAAUCAGUCUGAGAUGCAAAUGGCCUGGUUCUCUCUGUAAUGGCACAAGAUGAGCUUAAACCAGCUUGAGAACUGAGCGGGGACCCACCGAAAGGCAGGCUAAUUGAGCUUUUGUCCGUUCUUGGUACUCUCUUGCGACUUGUUUAUUGCUCUCCUUAAGUUUAAAGGGUAAUCCAGAUGUGGACCCCUUGCUCACGGUGCCUAGAGAGAUAUUGGCUAUUCCUCACUGAUGAUGCCUAACAAGGUUGAAACAAUCGUUUGGGUUGCUUUAUCUCUCGUGCAAAGAGAGCCGGCCUGUAUUUCGGAUCUGUUAUGCCCUUUUGGGAGGAAUCAGUCUGAGAUGCAAAUGGCUUGCUUUUCUCUGUAAUUGCACACCGAAGGGCAGGCUAAUUGAGCUGUUGUCCGUUCACAGCACUCUCUUGCGGCUUGUUUUUUGCUCUCCUUGGGGUAGGCAGGCUGUUCCAAAGGAAGGGAGCUGCCCGUGAGAAGUCUCGCAGGCGUGAAUUUUCAGUAAGGGCGCGAGCAGCAGACAGGAGAAGGUCACCAGUAGAGCGGAGAGACCGAGAGGGGCAUACCUAUGAAUCAAUGAAGAAAUGUAAGAGGGGCUAGAGUUGGUUAAGGCUUUAUAGGUUAGGGUUAGUAUUUUAAAUUGACACCUGUUGGGUACAGGAAGCCAGUGUAAGGAUUGUCAGAGGGGUGAGGUGUGAGAGGAGCGACAGGAGAGAAAGAUCAGCCUGGCAGCAGCAUUCAUCACAGAUUGUAGGGGGGCAGUACGGCUUCUGGGGAGACCAAUUAGGAGAUAAUUACAGUAAUCAAUGUGAGAGAUUACUAGAGCAUGAACAAGCUCCUUGGCAGCAUCUUGCGUAAGAAAGGGGUGUAUGUGGGCAAUGUCUUUAAGGUGGAAUCGACAGGUUUAAGCAACAGACUGGACAUGAGGCGCAAAGGUGAGGCCAGGAUCAAAAAUGACACCAAGACAGCGAACUUGAAAGGAUGGGUUGACGCAGGUACCAUCAACCUGCAGGGAGAGUGAAGGUGGAUCAGUGUUAUGAGGAGGGAAAAAAGUAAACCCCUAUGUACAGGUUUUAUGUUUUUUUUGGAAAAUUAAAGGCGCACUAUAGGGUCAGGAACACAAACAUGUAUUCCUGACCCUUUAGUGUUAAAACCACAAUCUAGCCCCCACACCCACCCCUCCCUAAAUAUAGUAAAAUCUUACUUGUAUUUAAGUCUGAAGCUGCUGCCUCUGCCUGUGAACUGCCUCUGUCUGCUGACAUCAUCAGUAAUGGUGGUCUGAGCCAAUCACAAGGCUUUCACAUAGGAUUGGCUGAGACUGUCAAGAGGCAGAUCAAGGUGCAAAGCCAGCAUGAUUCAAACACAGCCCUGGCCAAUCAGCAUCUCAUCAUAGAGAUGAAUUGAAUCAAUGCAUCUCUAUGAGGAAAGUUCAGUAUCUACAUGCAGAGGGUGGAGACACUGAAUGGCAGUGCUACUUACUCUGCAGCACUGACCAAGGAAGCAGCUUUAGCAGCCAUCUGAGGAGUGGCCAGUGGAGUUAUUACUAGGCUGUAAUGUAAACACUGAAUUUUCUCUGAAAGACAGUGUUUACAGCAAAAAGUCUGAAGGUAAUGAUUCUACUCACCAGAACAGAUGCAAUAAGCUGUACUUGUUCUGGUAACUAUAGUGUCCCUUUAAAUAGGGGGCUUGCAAAUUAAAUUUUCUGGAUUUUCUGGCUGGGUUGUCAGACAUAUCCCUCAAAUUGUAAUUCGUUUAAAAAAAAAUUACAUAAAUAUCCACGUAGAAUUUUUUUUAUAUUUAAAGGCUACGUGUAUAUUUAUGUAAUUAUAAUAUAAUAUCAAAAUACAGUUAGAAUGAAAUUGCAUAUAUAAAUAUAUACUUUUUUGAUUUGUUUUUUUUUUGUUUGUUUUAUGUUUUUAUUAUUUUUAUUUAGUUAUUUUAUUUUUGUGUGUGUGUGUGUGUGUGUGUGUGUAUAUAUAUAUAUAUAUGUGUGUACAUUAAUUCUAAGUGUGUUUUUAUAUUAAUAUAAAACAAAACUAAGUAUGACAAUAUACAUACAUAAUAUGUUGUGUGAUUUCUUGAAUAUUUUUAUUUUUCAGCAGCAGAGAGACUGCCUGCCAGCCCAGGCAGUCCACUUGCAGGCAUCUCCAUAGAUGCCUAUUGCAGCCAUGAGAUUGCUCUGUGAGAGCGAUUACAUGGCCCAUGGGGUCUUGAUUCAGCAGAGGGGGACUGCCUGGGCUGUCAGGUAGUCCCGUGAAGUGGAUCUCCGGGAAAGUAAGUACCGCCUUGCGCCUGGGGCUCUAUACUGUUAUGCCACUCUAUGCCGCCACAACAGCUUUAAAGCCCAUUAUAAUGUUGACGGCAUAGAACACCGGCGUUAAGGGGUUAAAGGAACACUAUACAAACAUGUAUUCCAAAAACCCACUUUAAACCCUUGGCCCUCCUUGGCUCUUAGAAAGUUAAGUAAUUUACCUUAUUUACAGCUGGCUCAGCCCACGCUUCACUUCUAUGGCAUUAAUGUUGAUGAUCUCAACCAAUCCAAUGCCUUAGAGGCUAUUGCACAUGAGUGGCAAAACUCUGUGCUGCGCCAAUCAGUAUCUCCUCACAGAGAUGCAUUUACAUCUCUCUAUUAUUUACUUCAUCUGUCAAUAGUUUUAAUGUUGUGGCUGAUCGGUGUACAUGUUUCUAUAUUGUGCAGUUUUCAGAAUAUGUUGAUAUUCAAAAUCCAUAUAUGAAUAAUGCAUUUAUAAUCCAUGCCAAAACAACUCACCUAAAGUAACUUUCUUUUUGUUGUUAAAGGAUACCUGUAAUGUUUAGUGGGAAUGUAUUCUUCAGACAUUUUAUCUAUACAUUGUGCUAGCGAAGUCACUAGCAAAUGUAUAGAUUAUGUCUAAUGUUUAAUUAAAAAAUAUGCUUCUUCUACCUCCCUGGCAGACAGGAAUAUACCUUUUCAAGCCAUAUUAUGAAUGGGGAGUUACUGAUUGGUUUAGAUUGUCAGCUGACCAUUCUAACCCAAUCAAUGGCGCCAUUGCGAGGCUUUCGUUCUGAAGAUUUUGACAAAGCGGAUGUAGAGGGGUCCAGAGAGAAACAGCAUAGAGGGGUUACAGCAUUUACGUAUGGUUUACCCCUUAUCAUAAGCCAGCACCUGGAACUUCCUGACACCAAGUUGCUAUGGUGAAUAAACUCUUCCUUUUAGUUGAAAAAUAGGCAACAGGUUCACUUUAAUAUUUUUUAUUGUAAAUAUUAUGUGAGGAUGUAUUUUUUUUAUUUUUUUAUUAUUUAUUUAUUUAUUUCCGUUCUUCUUCGUAUUUGUUGAUCUGCAUAUGCUAUCUAACUGUAGGUGACAUCUUCAAGCAAUGAACAUGAAACUUAAUGAAAAAAGUAUGGUACAUUUUGCCACCUCUGACUCUCCAGCAGACUACACAGGAUACCUCAACAAAAGAGGUUCACAGAAUUCAGGCUACAAGAAAAGGUGGUUUGUUUUAAAGGGGAAUCUACUAUUUUAUUUUGAGGAUCGGGAUUGCAGGGAACCUGUGGGCGUAGUCGUGCUUGAAGGGUGUACUGUGGAACUCUGCCAGUCCAGUGAAGAGUAUGCAUUUGCAAUAUCAUUUAAUGGAGCAGGAUGUCAUCCUUAUAUCUUAGCAGCAGAAACUCAAGAUGAAAUGGAGGGUUGGGUGAAAGCCUUGUCUAGAGCUAGUUUUGACUAUAUGAGACUUGUUGUGAAGGAGCUUGAAAUGCAGCUAGAACUGAUGCAAAAAAGCCAUACACGUAAAAAGCAUAGCCGGUACCGAGGUAAGGCCCGCACUGUUGCCCGUACAAAAUGGGAAAAUUCUUCACAGAUGUGCAACCUCAAUGGCUUUGUGAAUUCAGAAGACUCCAAUAUGGCAUCGCAUACCAGUCAGAAGGCUCCGGCAUGGCAAUACAACCAGAUUAUUCCACCACCUUUACCCCCUCGUAGACGUGGUGCUCAGUGGGUUGAUGCUGUAACACCAACUUCCUCUGUUAAAUUAUUGGAAAGCCCAGUGUGUCCUGGAACUGUCUGUUUCCACAAACUGCAUGAGUGGUAUGGAAGAGAAAUUGAAGAGAUACGAAGAAUUUGGCAGAAUGAACAGAGAAGCCAACAUGAAUCCGCAUAGGCAAAAACGUUUAUAUAUUUGGCUGUACAAGCCUUGUGUUAGAACUGAUUUUAUAAGUCGUAUGCAUAUUUAAAGGACUUGGAUUUUGCUGUAAGUGCAAACAUUUUGUAUACUUUUUCUUCUUUUUUUUUAAAAAAAAUGUCAUCAUUAUUAACAUUCUGAAAGGGAUUAUGAAAAAUCCAGUCUCCUUUUACAUAUAAAUAUAUAUUGCCUUUCAUAAGUACUCUUUUCCCUCUUUUGAAGUGUUACAACCCAAUAGCUAACUAAACAUAGUACUUGCUUGCGCAGUACUAUUCAACCUAAGAAACUCCCAUAGUAUUUACUGGGGUAAUAGAAUGGGGAACAGUCACAUGCAGAGAGAACGAAAAAAAAUAAUUCGUAGAACUGCCUAUGGCUGCAUUUUUUUUGUUAAUUUUUCCAAUUGUCUAACAUUUUAUUUAAACCAGGGAUAGUCAACUUGGUCUCUACCGCUCACUGGUGGGCGGUUUGGGAUUUCAGGUGGGCAGUGGUGAGUUCUAAAGAAAACGCAGAGUGGGCCUCGAAGGCCGUGGACCAAGGCUGGCAGGGGAGAACCUUUCAUCUCCCCUGCCGGCCCAUGCAGAGCCAGCCAUGGUGUAAGCCCUCUCAGGCUGGUGAGGAGAUCAAAGAUCCACUUAGUUCCAGCAGAGGGAGCAGGGCCGCCAUCAGGGCAUGACAACCGCAACGGUUGUCAUGGGCUGGGUGGUCCUGGGGAGCCCGGACUGCUCAGGUCAUCCGGGCCCCACAUUCAGG